GUCCACCCAGUGCGCGUCGCGGCCACUGUCCAUCAUUUACCAGGCUCGGCACCCAGCUCAGGCGGAUUGUCGGCAGGCAUUCAACCUUAGCGACCAGUUCCAGUCGCAAGACGUCUCCGAACCCAAGGCUCUAGGUGGUAUUGAUAAAGGGAGAUGCUUAUUGGAAUUUGUCCUACUACCUUCUCAGGGCUAGCAAGAAGCUGUUGGCAGUAUCAGAGCGAACUCAGAAAUGCCCGUUUCACACACUGGGACCUAUUGGCAGUCGCUGCUACAAGUCGUAUGCACCACCCAGUGGUUAUCAGCACCCGUGUAUGAAGUAUUCGAGCACAACGGCGGCAACAUCGCAUUGGACCCAUACCCCCCCGGUCUGGCGGGUGGACGUACGGCACCGACCGCCACACAGUGCUUGUACUCGUGCAUCGUGAACGUCGGUGGCCGCGACUUCGAGACGGCAUACGUCUACAGAGCCGAGGAAAAUGCCAAGGAACGGGCAGCAAAGAAAGCAUACGAAGCCCUGAGCAUUUAGACCACGGUUGCUUUUCCGUUGGACCGUUCGGAUGUGAGAGGGUCUCGCACGCGUUCCGACUACGGCUUUGCGGAUUACCGGUUACGUCCACGGCUGUGAACGACUACAUAU